AAGAAUGCAAUACACGGACGUAUCGUGGCCGUACGUGCGAGGUCGAGUUGUUCCGUAGCGAUUCCGCUUGUACCGAUACCUGUAAGCUAGCAAUUUCGAAUUUUCGUUCAUAGUAACGGACGCGCGUACCGUCAAGAAGAAACCAAAUCUAUAUACGGGAAUAUACGUGACAGUAACAGCAGUGCUAAUUAUACAACCGUGACUUCGUGCACGUAUAGAGAAUCGCUAAAGCAUUAAGGCCGACAAGAAAAGUGCGUGUCGUGAGUGAAUAGAGUGCCUCAACCCUGAUCUCCGCGCCCUUCUGAAUCGUUGACAGUAGUUGCCGUGAUUUCCUGCGAACGAUUUUAUCGAUGACGGGCCGUGGACCGCUUUACGGGGAUAUAAAAGUGUUGCAUGCUGCGUGCUAGGGCGAGAAACAAGGGUCUAUAUUGUCGCGUUUCAACCAUCGAGGUGGGCUGCACCGACGAGACUGUGGACGUUCCUAGAUUGGCGAUGAAAAUUGAAACGUCUCAGGAUAUGACGUAAAUAUCGUGUGGCAAAGAGCGUACGGGCAACGGCACAAUGAAGAAGAAUCUCGCGCCGUAGUCGCCGCCUGCGAUGUUAGUCACACAGUCACCCUCCUCGACGGACAAUCUGUCGAAUAUGUUGUCGGUACUCGAGGAGGAGGCGAACGUCGAUAUCGACGACGCAUUCCCGCCGCACGUCGACACGUCGAACAUCAUUAUACAGCCGGAAUCGCCCACCGGCAAAAAGCAAGCGCUAAAGACCUUCAACGAGGUCAACACGCUUCUACAGGUCGGCAGAAAGAGGGAGGCUAAGCUGAUCGUAAGGGAGAACGCGUGGCCAUUGAACAACGGGAUUAGGGCGCAACUAUGGCCAGUCCUUUGCCAACAACACGUACACGGCAAGAACAUGCUCGAUGGAUUCUAUUGGGACAUGGUCAAUCAAGUUUUUGGAACUACAGAGCUACCGGAAAAAUCAAUCAUGCUACCGCCGUUCGUGGACAGCACUCAUUGCCUGUCGUACCACCUGACGAGGAAAGGCAGGAGCGUUGCGGACAGGGUUGUGUCUGUGCUGGGAUAUGCCUGUCCUGAUAUCACCUACAGCCCUUCUCUUUACCCCAUCACGGCUCUUCUUCUUCACUUUAUGCCAGAGGAGGAGUGUUAUCAUUGUAUGGCAAGCUUGGUCGCCGCUAAAGACAAGAUGUUCAUUACGCAAACCAAGCUCCUCUACGAGGUUACCUGGAAAACUGUCGAGCAAAUCACCAAGAAGCACGUGAAAUCAGCUGCUGUACAUUUAGCAAGGCACUGCUCUGGAUCCAGAGCGGAAAGGAUUUACAUGGAUUGGAUCUGGUGGAUUCUGCAGCUUCUUCCUUUCCAGCAUCUAGUCAGGGUUAUGGACUGUUUUCUUCACGAAGGCAUCAAGGUCUUCUAUCGAGUAGCAAUGGCUAUAGUUUUAUUAUUCUAUAAGCACUCGUCACUGCAAAAUUCUGAAUGGAUGAACGAAAUUUCGAAAAAUGGUAUUGACGCUGCCCUCUCAAAGUUCUGCAGGCAAAUACCGGUAACAUCAGCAAAAUUUUUACGUACCGCAUUUGGAAUACGUGGACUCAGCUCAGCAUACAUAUCAAGGGUAUUUUUGCGUACAGAAAUGGCUCUAAAGAGUAGAAGUGUUUUAACGGGGUCUAGAUCAUUAGCUAGAUCACGAUCCACGGACAAUCUACCGACGAGUCAGUCUCAAGUCAACAUUCAGAUGAUGUCACACACGCUCACAAUAAGAGAAGGUGCACACAGUCCUGGACCGCGUGCUCUGUCAAUGGGCGUUUAUCCCAUACAAAGCAUAUGCUCCCAGAUUCUAGACAUGCCUGAUUUAUUCACAUUAUGGUCCUGGCUGCCUAUGAGGAUCACCAUGUAUCAACCAAUUCUACUAUAUACAACGGAAGAGCACGGUUGUUCUUUGACAACAUUCUAUGUAAGAGUAGAGCAACAUGAACCAACCCUGCUGAUGAUAAAAACAUGUAACAAUGAAGUAUUUGGAGCCUACUGCUCUACAAGAUGGUGUGAACGUAAUUUGAAGAAUGAUAAAGGACAAAGGCAAGCUUAUUUCGGAACAGGUGAAACAUUUCUGUUCAGUUUGUAUCCUGAACGUGCAAAGUACCCGUGGGUAGGCAUGGACUCUGCGCACAAUGAUUCUAAGGUCCAUCAUUCAGCUGAGCUAUUCAUGGCUGCGGAUUCCAAAAUGAUAACAAUUGGUGGAGGAGACGGACAAGCUAUAUGGAUGGAUGAGAACAUAAGAUAUGGUAAAACAGAUCGGUGCUCUACGUUUAAUAAUCCACCUCUUUGUGCCAGCGGCGACUUUGAAAUUAGGGUAUUAGAAGUAUAUGGAUUUGCCGGUGCUUGAGAAGAAGACAGAGCUUGGCACUACGAUGUAUCAGUUUAUUUGAUUCCCUACUGCCAUUUAGCGACUCUCUUCUACAUAUACAGAGUUGUAUACAUUACAUACAAGUAUCUUCGUAUCGUAUCUGUGCAAAAUUGCUGCGUUCUACGAGGCGCGGUAUUUGUGAUGCAUCCUCAGUCGUUUGCGAGGUACUAGUAUUAUUAUGUGUGCAUGUUUCGUUGUUGAGGCGCUACGAGGUUCUGUACCGAUUGAGAUUACGUAGAUUUAUCUUCUUCGUUUUAUUACGCUUGUUCGAUUAUUUGUCCCAACGUUCACGGAAACGACCAAACGAUUUUUACAUUUAUUGUGUUGCAAUUUCAUUCCUUAAUAGGAAACGAAACGAAAUUACAUCGAAUGGUUGCUAACACGUAGAUUGUAACCC